GUCUGCAGUACGCGCGCAGACGCGGAUACCUGAAUGACUUGCGCACGUUUCAUUUUUCCCUCUUUUUACUUCACUACUAGCGAAGCUGAGAGGGAAGAAACGAGGAGCCAGAAGGAGCAACGAAAUAAGCCUGGAAUUUAUCUCGCACGUUAAAAAAGGGAAAGAAGAGUCCUCCUUCUGUCAUUCCAUGCUCCUCUAGCGUGUUCCCUCACAGAGUGCUGGAGAUAUAAUGGGAACUGAAUGAUGAGGAUUUUGUGGCUGGACGGCAGCUGACGGACUGAACCAUGGCUCAGUUUCCCACGCCCUUCGGAGGGGGGUCGGAUACAUGGGUAAUAUCUGUGGACGAGAGAGCCAAACAUGACCAGCAGUUCCACAGUUUGACCCCCACACCUGCUGGCUUCAUCACAGGUGACCAGGCAAGGAAUUUCUUUCUGCAGUCAGGUUUACCUGCCCCCAUCCUCGCCCAGAUAUGGGCCCUGGCCGACAUGAACAACGAUGGGAAGAUGGACAUGCAUGAAUUUUCCAUCGCGAUGAAGCUGAUUAAAUUGAAGCUGCAGGGUCACCCCCUCCCUCCUUCACUGCCCCCCUCCAUGAAGCAGCCACCCCUCUCCAUUCCCCCACAGCCGCCUUUUGGGAUGCCCAGUAUGGGGGCAAUGCCAGGCCUGCCAGCUGUGCCGCCCAUGCCCCUGCCCCCUCUGCCUCCAGGAGUGCCGGGAGUAGGUGUGUCUCCACCUCUGGUAGCAUCAGUGACCCCAGCCGUACCUUCCCUUGCUAACGGAGCACCCGCUAUGAUACAACCCAUGAGUGGAUUCUCACAUCCAGCUGCUGCGCUCAACAAAACCUCUUCAUUCAAUCGUUCCAGUAUCAAGCUACAGAAGGGCCAGUCAGUUGAGGCACCCAGUGCUCCGGCUGCUCCUCCACCCACUGACUGGGCCGUGCCUCAGUCCUCCCGGCUCAAAUACCGCCAACUCUUCAACAGCCAUGACAAAAUGAUGAGUGGUUAUCUCACAGGUCCACAAGCCAGAACUAUUCUAAUGCAGUCCAGUCUACCGCAGGCCCAGCUGGCCACCAUCUGGAACCUGUCAGAUAUAGACCUGGACGGAAAGUUGACUGCAGAAGAGUUUAUUCUGGCCAUGCACUUAAUUGACAUGGCAAUGUCCGGUCUGCCUCUUCCCCCUUUGCUGCCCCCUGACCUCAUACCUCCGACGUUCAGAAGAAUGCGUUCUGGUAGUGGAGUGUCUGUGACCAGUAUGCACUCGACAGAUCCACGGUCCCAGGAUGAGCCCGAGGAGGAGGAAAAAGAGACAGAGAAAAGACUUCCAGUCACAUUCGAGGAUAAGAAACGAGAGAACUUUGAGCGUGGAAACCUGGAGCUGGAGAAACGUCGGCAGGCUUUGCUGGAGCAGCAGAGGAAAGAGCAGGAGCGACUGGCGGCAUUGGAGAAAGAGGAGCAAGAGAGGAAGGAGAGAGAACGACUGGAGCAGGAGAGACGCAGACAGCAGGAGCUGGACAAACAACUGGAGAGACAGAGAGAGCUAGAGCGACAGAGGGAGGAGGAGAGACGCAAGGAGAUCGAGAGAAGAGAGGCUGCUAAGCGGGAGCUGGAGCGUCAGCGGCAGUUAGAAUGGGAGAGAACACGCAGACAGGAGCUGCUCACCCAGAGAAACAGAGAGCAGGAGAACAUCGUCCUGCUCAAAGCACGCAAGAAAACACUCGAGUUUGAACUGGAGGCUCUGAAUGAUAAGAAGUCACAGUUGGAGGGUAAACUGCAGGACAUCCGUUUCCGUCUCUCAGCUCAGAGGCACGAGAUCGAGAGCACCAAUAAGACGCGAGAGAUCCGCAUUGCUGAGAUCACCAGCCUGCAACAACAGCUGCAGGAGUCUCAGCAGUGGUUGAGUCGGUUGAUUCCUGACAAACAGUGUCUGAAUGACCAGCUGAAGCAGGUUCAGCAGAACAGUCUGCACAGAGACUCUCUGUCCAGUCUUCAGAGGGCCAUUGAAAUGAAGGAAUCCACCAAACAGCAGCUGAGAGAACAGCUGGACGCUGUGGAGAAGGAGACUCGUUCCAAACUAUUGGAGAUAGACUCCUUCAACACACAACUGAAGUCAGGGAGCUCUGUGGACGAGGUGCUGUUGGACUGUCUCGCAGCACUGCUGGCCUGUUUGAAGCAUAUACACUUCUACUUCCAGGAGCUGAGAGAAAUCCACAACAAACAACAGAGGCAGAAACAAAAGGAGCUGGAGGCUGACAUCACCCAGCCGUCGCAUGACAGGAAGUCCACAGAAUUACAAGAGUCUAGGUUGUCAGGGACAGAAGAUGGCGUGUCUCCUGCAUGGAGAGAUGAUGGACUGGGUAAAGCUCCCACUCCUCCUCCGUCUCAGGCUUGGAUAAGCCAAGUGAGUGAAGAGGAGAACCACAGCAGAGCCGAAGUACAGGAAAACCUCUCCAAACUCUUCACACAGCAUCCGCAAUCGGGAAAACUACAGGCUCAGUCCCCCUGGUCUAUGGCAGAUAAGAUUCCAGUGACUGGCUUUAAUCAGGAGAAAGUAAAGGUGGUCUACUAUAGAGCACUGUAUCCCUUUGAGGCCCGCAGUCAUGAUGAAAUCACCAUCCAUCCUGGAGAUAUAGUGAUGGUGAAGGGAGAGUGGGUGGAUGAGUCUCAGACAGGUGAACCUGGAUGGUUAGGAGGAGAGAUUAAAGGGAAGACUGGCUGGUUCCCUGCCAAUUAUGCAGAGAAGAUUCCAGAAUCUGAAGUUCCUCUUAGUUUGAGAGCUAGCGCUGCUUCUAGUUCUGCCCCUAAAUUGGGUUCCCAUAUGUCAUCUGCUUCUUCAACAACCAUAGCCACACCCUUGCAGUCAGUCUCCACAGAGUCUGCAUCGAUAGCCCCGCCCUCCUCAGCCCCUGCCCCUCCCCCUCCAGGCCCCGCCUCCUCCUCUUCCUCAACCUCAACAUCCAGUAACUGGGCAGAUUUCAGCACUACAUGGCCAACUAAUUCUGCUGUGGAGAAGCAGGACAAUGAUGGAUGGGAUGCAUGGCCGACCCAGCCCACUCAGCCGUCCCUGUCAGUGCCCAGUGGAGGGCAGAUCAGACAGCGCUCUGCUUUCACCCCAGCCACGCUUUCCGGCUCCUCACCCUCACCUGUGCUCGGCCAGGGUGAAAAGGUGGAGGGUCUGCAGGCACAGGCUUUGUAUCCAUGGAGAGCAAAGAAAGACAAUCACCUAAACUUUAACAAGAAUGACGUGAUCACCGUCCUGGAGCAGCAGGAUAUGUGGUGGUUUGGGGAGGUGCAAGGGCAGAGAGGAUGGUUCCCCAAAUCUUACGUCAAACUCAUCUCUGGGCCCGUCCGGAAAUCUAUGAGUAUCGAGUCUGGCUCUUCAGACAGCCCUCCCAGUGUUAAGAGACCCAGCCCUUCUCCAAAUAAACCCACAGAUCUCGGAGAAGAGUAUGUGGCCAUGUAUACAUAUGAAAGCAGUGAGCAGGGUGACUUGACCUUCCAGCAAGGUGAUAUCAUCACGGUCACAAAGAAAGAAGGAGAUUGGUGGACUGGCACUGUGGGCGGGAAGACUGGGGUCUUCCCCUCAAAUUAUGUCAAGCCUAAAGAUUCCGAGGGUUUGGGAUCUGCUGGAAAAACAGGAAGUUUAGGGAAGAAACCAGAAAUUGCACAGGUGAUCGCUCCUUACACAGCCACCGGGGCAGAACAGCUCACCUUAGCACCAGGACAGCUCAUUCUCAUUCGCAAGAAAAACCCAGGAGGAUGGUGGGAAGGAGAACUUCAGGCAAGAGGAAAGAAGCGUCAGAUUGGCUGGUUUCCAGCUAAUUAUGUAAAAUUAUUGAGCCCCAGCACCAGUAAGACCACACCCACAGAUCCCAACCCACCCAAGCUGCCAACACCCAAUGCAGUGUGCCAGGUGAUUGGCAUGUAUGAUUACACGGCUCAGAACGAUGAUGAGCUGCCUUUUGGGAAGGGCCAAAUCAUCAAUGUUUUGAGCAGAGAGGAUCCUGAUUGGUGGAAGGGAGAGCUGAAUGGUUCCGUUGGCCUUUUCCCAUCAAACUACGUUAAGCUGACCACCGACACAGACCCCAGCCAACAAUGGUGUGCCGACCUCCACCUGCUCGACAUGCUGACCCCAGUGGAACGGAAGAGGCAGGGUUACAUACAUGAACUUAUUGUUACAGAGGAGAACUAUGUAAAUGACCUGCAGCUAGUCACUGAGACGUUCCAGAAGCCUUUGCUGGAGUCAGAAUUGUUGACUGAGAAGGAGGUGGCCAUGAUCUUUGUCAACUGGAAAGAGCUGAUCAUGUGCAACAUUAAACUGCUCAAGGCGUUGCGGGUGAGGAAGAAGAUGUCAGGUGAGCGCAUGCCGGUGAAGAUGAUUGGUGACAUCCUGACGGCUCAGCUUCCUCACAUGCAGCCGUACAUCCGCUUCUGCAGCUGCCAGCUCAACGGCGCCACCCUCAUUCAGCAGAAAACAGAUGAGGUGCCCGAAUUCAAAGAGUUUGUUAAGCGGUUGGCGAUGGACCCUCGCUGUAAGGGAAUGCCUCUGUCCAGCUUCCUCCUCAAACCCAUGCAGAGAGUCACCCGAUACCCACUCAUCAUCAAAAACAUUUUAGAGAACACUCCAGAAAGCCACCCAGACCACAGUCACCUGCGGCUGGCUCUGGAGAAGGCUGAAGAGCUGUGCUCACAAGUCAACGAAGGCGUGCGAGAGAAAGAAAACUCAGACCGGCUGGAGUGGAUCCAGGCACAUGUGCAGUGUGAGGGGCUGUCGGAGCAACUUGUGUUCAACUCCGUAACAAAUUGUCUGGGCCCUCGGAAGUUCCUGCACAGUGGAAAACUCUACAAAGCCAAAAGCAACAAGGAGCUUUACGGCUUCCUAUUCAACGAUUUCCUGCUCCUCACGCAAAUCAUCAAACCUCUGGGCUCGUCUGGAACGGACAAAGUCUUCAGUGCGAAAUCCCACCUGCAGUAUCGCAUGUACAAAACGCCCAUCUUUCUCAAUGAGGUGCUGGUGAAGCUGCCCACUGAUCCUUCUGGAGAUGAACCCAUAUUCCACAUAUCUCACAUCGACAGAGUCUACACUAUUCGGGCUGAGAGCAUCAACGAGCGGACGGCUUGGGUGCAGAAGAUCAAAGCCGCUUCUGAGCUCUUCAUUGAAACGGAGAAGAAGAAGAGAGAGAAAGCCUACUUGGUGAGGUCUCAGAGGGCCACUGGUAUCGGGCGGCUAAUGGUGAACAUUGUUGAAGGCAUUGAGCUAAAGCCCUGCCGCUCAAAUGGGAAGAGUAAUCCGUACUGUGAGGUGACGAUGGGCUCUCAGUGUCACGUCACUAAGACGCUGCAGGACACUCUGAACCCUAAAUGGAACUCAAACUGCCAGUUCUUCAUCAAAGACCUGGAGCAGGAUGUGCUGUGUGUCACUGUGUUUGAGAGGGAUCAGUUCUCCCCGGACGAUUUCUUGGGCAGGACGGAGAUUCGGCUGGCCGACAUAAAGAAGGACCAGGGCUCUAAGGGGCCCAUCACCAAGCGUCUGCUUUUACACGAAGUCCCUACGGGAGAGAUUGUGGUGCGACUGGACCUUCAGCUCUUUGACGAACCCUGACCCAUGUUGUUUGACCUGACCUUUUGACCCCCCAGAAUCCAUAUCCGCUACUCCUCCGUGGUGAAAGCCCACCAGCCUAAUGUGACAGUCCCACUCCACCCAGCAUCAUGAAUCCCAGAGUGUGAAUGUGUGUAUUUGCACAAGCGUUUGUGAGUCUGCAAAAUGCUGUAACAGUCUUAAUCAGUGAUCCCGAUUGGAUUUUUAUUGUCCUUGACACCUUUUCAAGACAAGUCAAGUGUGUGAGUGAAAAUGAAGGAUGUACUGUAGAGGGAGCCUUUCAGUUCCCUAAUGAUGUGAAGGAUGUCUCAGGAUGCUGUGUAAGUCUUAUAAAGAGUCAAAUGUACAGUAGUUGUAUUUAACACUCUAAUGACCCGGGAACAGUAGUGCCAUUUGAAACAAUAUUCUUGUAGGUUUUCAUUCUAGAAUACACUGAAUCAUUCACGUUUCAAGUGAUGUGCCAUUCCAGUGAAAUCCGUCAUUAUGGGUGAAUCUCAUGAAACCUUAUUUGCAUCAUUUAAAAUAUAUAUAUAUAAUUCUCCUAACUGUAAUGCGAAAAAAUGCUGAUAAAAUUAUUUAAAUUGUUACGUAUUUAUACAUGUUGUUGUACUGCUUUUAAUUUAUGCAGGUAUACUUUUAAAAAAUCGUAAUUUUAAAAAACAAUUACUCUAUUACAGUAAUGAGAAUCAUAAAAUAUAAUGGUCCUGAAAUAGGUCAUUUUAAUGCAAAAUACUAGUUUUUUGGUGUGACCUGGAUAUGUUUUUGUGAGAUUCACCCUAAUAGUCUUACUGGCUGUUCAACAUUUUAUUCCAAAAUUUCAGUCAUUAACACUAAAAACUAAAACCAGGUUUUGCUGGCAAACCUCUCUAGUGUCAACCGACUCAUUUAUUUGUUUUCAGCUUUUACUGAAAGAUAUUUGGUGACCGUUCAACAGCGAAUGUAGUCGAGAUGUUUUUUUGUUUUUUUUUUUUUUGAGGGUUCAUUAAACGUGAGCAUGUUCAGGGAAAUUUUCAGCAAGUCUCGAAAAGAUGCGGCCACAAAUGCUCCAUGGAAAGACUAUUUUAAUAUAAACGAAUUAUGGGAGGGAACUAGUUAUAUUUGUUUUUCAGCAUUUUUGGUAUGUAGUUUUUAUUUAUUUUUACGUUAUUGAGAAUGGGACACAUUUCAGAGGCCAACUGAAAUAUCAUAGCAGCUUUUCAACUGUGAUCAGAAGCAUUUCCCAGUAAAAAAUAAAAUAAUUAAUUAAAAAAAAAAAAAAAACAUAUUUGUCAAAUGUCCCGAAAAGGUCCUAAAAAAUCAAUGUUCUUCAGUUCCCUGGUGUUCUUAGUUUUAUUGUGGUACAUCACAAAGUAAACUAUUUAAUAUAUAGUACUAUAUUUAAGUUUGAUACUGCAUUACUAAUAAGUUCACAGUUUGUUUUUGAUUUAUGUAUGUUGAUUUUUUUUUUUAUUAUUCUUGUGCUGUUAGGCAUUAGCGAUCAACACUGUAGGUAUGUCAUAUUUGUAAAAAGAGAUGUCAGAGUUCAUAUUUUGUAUUUUGUUGUUUAUUUACAGAAAAAUAGCAAGAUGGUUUGUAGUGUUAACGGUUUGGCAAGUUGCAGCAUAUAGAAACGAUGUUGAAACAAUGAACCAGUGAGCAAAAGGGAUCAAUCUUCACCCAUAUCUGCUGCAAAUGUCUUCAGAUAUGUUAUAGAAAGAGCCCACUGUUUUUACAUGGAUGAUGAAAUGCGUUGAAUUUGUGUCUGUCUAAUUAAUUUGCCCUCAGUUAUCACACUACUGAACCUGAGAAAGGUGCUGUUUUCGUUUGGACUGUAGCGGGGGAUCAGUUUUGUUAAAUUUGUGUGUUUUCUUGUGUAGAUGCAAUGCACAUUAAUAUUCCACUGCUGUGCUAGUGAGAUGCCAGAGUGAUCAAGGAAAACAUCUAUUGUGGGGCCAGCAAGUUAUUCCACUUGGUUUUUCUAUGUGUGUGUGUGUGUGUGUGUGUGUGUGUGUGUGUAUAUAUAUAUAUAUAUAUAUGAGAAAGAGUGAUUCUUAGUGCUUUGAAUGCUUUCUGCUGGGUCACUUUCCCCAAACCUCAUCUCAAAGAAUAAUCCAGACAAUGCAAGGGGUCGUGGUCACACAUCUUUUCUUUUUUCCGCUCUUUUGUCCUCUCUCUUCUCUUUCUCUCCUUCCCUCAUCUCUUAUCACGCACACUGUACAUUUCAGACCAGAAGAUUUGCCCAUACCUUCAUUAUUUUUUAAUGAGCAAAGCCCCAUUGAUUGAACAGUAAUAUAUGUGUCUAUGUUUAAAACUUUGAAUGGAGUAUAAUAUAUUACAAACUGAGAAGUAAAUAUGUUGAUGACAGCGUAUUGUUAUCAAUGUAGAAGAAGUGUGUUGUCUUAAUGUUGCAAAUAAAACUCAAUUGGACCAAGA